AUGUUGACGCCCUAUCAGCUGGAACUCGUGGAGCAGGCUUUUCACUCCUUGGCUCCGAAGGGUGAUGAUGCUCUCCCCCGCAUCGAUGAGAUAUUCCGCGUCUUUGACGUCUCAAUGCACCCGCGAGUGAAGGAGGGGGUCAUGUCGCCAGGUGCUGUCCGGGAGAUGCUGGCGUAUCAGUUUGGUGAGAGUGAGAAGGAGCAGAACGGAGUCACGUUUGACGUGUUCAUGCGCUUUCACGAGCGAAUGGCUAUGGAGGCGGUGAACGAGUGUGUUUCCGACACCGAGGGCUUCUUGACGGACACAAUCAAGGGUGUGUGGCGCCUGCACGAGCUGCUGGAGCCCACGUUUAUUCGCCCCGCCAUUCCGAUUGAGGGGUUCCCCAGCAACAUUUACGCCACGCAGUUGAUGUCGCUUGUGUGGCCGGAUGAGAGCAAACCGCCGAGGUCUUACGUGCUACGUGUGAUUCAUGGCGUCGUGCAACCCCUUUUCUCGCGUGGUGAUUUGCCACCGGAGCUUCGCGGGUUUUUUGCGUACCCGGCAGAACUGGCGGGCAUGAAGCUCAUUGAGGUUCCUGUACAAAUAUCCAUGCAGCGCUGGUUAGACUUUGUCUGGGAGUACGCGGAAGGGAAAUAUGUGGCUGUACCAGGCAUUAUAUCUGCUCGCGUCGAUCUAGAGACCGUGCCGGAGUAUCUGCGGAAGCUCAUUAUUGAGCCCAAGGUCGUGAAGCAGCUGCCAUCUGUACAGUUUGUUUCGACAAUAAAGGCGCUAAACCCAAUGUACAAACGGACGAGCGACGGAUACGGCUAUGGUAUACCGGAAGAAGUCAAGCGUGUGCAUCGUUGGAAGUCUGAGACACAUGACGGGACGGCGUGUGGACUGAUUUACCACGGCCGCGUGGGCAAAUUCACGAAGAAGCUCUACGGUCAGGCGCAGUCCCUGGCUGCAAGUGGAAUCAAUCUCUGA